CGACAGAAGCGGGCCAAUAAACAGGCGGAGUGGCCGGCUUCUCCUGUGUCCCUGCGCUCCUCCGAAGACAUGAGCUCCGCUGUGUGCCGCUGGUUGUUGCUGUGCUCGCUGUCGGUGCUCGGGGCCCGGGCGGGCGGAGAAGGAGGGAAAUAUUCCCGGGAUAAGAAUGAGAACCGGCCGGAGGGGGUGGAGUUCCGCAUACAGAAGCUCAACCAGGUCUGGGAGAAGGCGCAGCGGCUCCAGCUUUCUUCUGUAAAACUGGCCGAAAUCCACAGCGAUCUGAAAAUACAAGAAAAGGAUGAACUGAACUGGAAAAAGCUAAAGGCUGAAGGACUAGAUGAUGAUGGAGAAAAAGAAGCCAAACUCAGGCGAUCACUCAAUGUUAUCUUAGCCAAGUAUGGACUGGAUGGCAAAAAACAGACACAAACUGAAGAAAAUAACUAUAUUAAAGAUGGCACAGAAAAUGAUGUACUGAAUGAUCCCCGUUUGGAGAAGCUGUGGAACAAGGCAAAGAGCUCUGGGAAAUUCUCAGAGGAAGAGUUGGAUAACCUGUGGCGGGAGUUUCUCCAUCACAAAGAGAAGACCAAUGAAUACAACAUUCUAAUGGACACCGUCACCAGGACUGAAGAGGUCCACAAAAAUGUUAUCAACCCAGAUGAACAUGAGCUGAAACCAGACUUCUUGCACAGCAAACAUGCAGACCUUAAAGAGAAACUCCACAGCAUCAACCACGGAUUUGAGCGUUUACGGAAACUGAGCCAUGAAGGAUAUGCUGGUGGAAGAGAUUUUACAGAGCCACGUGUCAAUGAUUUAUGGGAUAUGGCAAAGACCGCCAAUUUUUCUGAUACUGAAUUGGAAUCUUUUAAGGACGAACUGAAACAUUUUGAGACCAAAGUUGAAAAACACCAGCAUUACCAGAAGCAGCUUGAAAUCUCCCAUGAAAAGCUGAAACAUGUUGUAGAAACCGGCGACAAGGAACACAUCCAGAAGAGCAAAGUGAAGCAUAAUGCCCUCACGGAAAAGAUAAAGGAGAUGGGCUACAAGGUUAAAAAACAUCUUCAGGACUUGAGCAGCCGCAUCUCCAAGAAUGGCCUCUCGCACAAUGAGCUCUGAAACAAAUGACUUUGUAAGACCUAGACAUUUCAGCGUUGUCCUCAAGGUGGUACCAAGUGGCUUUCUCUGCUGCUUUCAAAAGAGACCAAUUCCAUCAGUCUACAGGCAUCAACCAUACAUGAAUGUGUUCUCUGUACUUUUCUGAUGGCUGCUCAGUUAAUCUGCAGUCUCUCCUACCUAUUUUAUUUUCAGGGGG